AUGGCGAACAAACUGAUGCUCACCUUCCUCGGCUUCGAGGUGCUGUUCCUGCUGAGCGGCGGCCUGCUCAUGGGCUUCGCCCUGUUCAGCGAGAACAGCAUGCACUCGAAGCCCACGGCCGACACCGUCGCACCGCACCUCCUGCUCAAGCGCACGCCCUUGACCGCUACCAUCGUCAACGGCAUCUUUGUCUUCGCCACCUUCCUGAUGGUGCUGCCUGCCGUCUUCUUGCCCACUAACCGCGGCUGGCUGCGCUUCCAUGGCUACAUGGUCACCUUUUGCGGCACCUUCACGCUAGUCAUCGGCCUCAUCCUCUGGAUCGAAACUCUGCAGACGCGCCGCAUGCUGGGGUCGAUCUGGGCCGGUGAGGCUCCCGAGACGCAGAGCCUGCUGCAGCAGAAGUUCAAGUGCUGUGGCUACAACAGCCCGACCUCACCGCCUUUCGUCGCCGACGGUACAUGCACGGAUGCAGUCGUCGCGGCCAACCUGGGCGGCUGCAUCGGACCGUUCAGCGGCUUCGCCAAUCAGUAUCUCGAUGUCAUCUUCACGGCCGCCUUUGGUCUCGUUGGUCUCGAUACCCUCCUACUUCUACACAUUGCCAUGGUCCUUAAGGAGCGCGCCGAGCAGGCUCGCUACCGGCACAUCGAUGAGAAGAACGGCACCCAAUUCUAUUAA